UUAUAUGUUCUGUCGUACCCUAACAAACUAACUUCUACUGCCGUUGACGACAAUGCUCCACUCGACCAUCCGCCGCCAUGCACUUCUUCCCUUGCCCCAACUCCACCGCAUUUUCUUCGCCACCUCCACUUCCUCCCCCCUGUCAGGCGGUGGCACCUCUUCUCGCGAUCCUCACUUCAUGGUCCAGUACCUCGUGAACUCGUGCGGAUUCUCCAUGGAGGAAGCGUCGAAAGCCUCCAAGCCCCUCGCGCAUCUCCGAUCGACCGAGAAUCCCGACGCUGUUCUUGCUUUUUUCAGAUCUCAGGGCAUUGAUGGCGCUAAUCUCAGGAAGAUGAUAUCAUGUAAACCAGCACUCCUCUGCGGGAAUGUGGAAUCAAACUUCACCCCGAAGUUUCAAUUUUUUCGCGACCUGGGGUUGUCAGAAUCCGACCUCGUUCAUGUCAUCGUGAAGAACCCCUCCAUCAUGUCCUUCAACAUCCAGCAUACUCUUCUCCCCAGAUUGAAUGCAUGGGAAAACCUCUUUGGAUCAAGGGAGCUGCUCCUCAAGCAUAUUAGGAAGCGGUGUUGGUUUUUGAACAACAGGUGUGAAAAUGUGGGAUAGAAACUUUUUCUACAAACUGCUUAGUAGUCAAAUUGGUGUGGGGGCAAUGGAGAUCAGUCUCAGCAAGAUGUGAAUUUGCCAAAUUAUUUCCUAAUUGUUUUGUAGAUGUUAAAGAUAUGCGAGUGUGAACUUUUUU